AUGUCUCUUCCUUCCAUCGCCGAGUCCUACAACGCACACAUCGCCGCUGGGGGCACUCCCGAAUCCUACGCCCGCCCUCCGACCUCACCAGGCCUGCUACGCCAACAAUUCAUGCUGCCCGCAUCUCCCGCGGGGGCGACAGCGAUCCUCGCGCACUCUUCGCUCGCAUACCGCCAGCUAGCCGCCGACCUGCACGCACGCCUCAAACGCAGCGAUGCUACCGUAGCCCAGCUGCGGGACGAGAAGAACACUCUGCUCCAACGACUCGAUCCCCACAGGACCAUCGCCGUACCCGGCGGUGUGCUAGUCUUCCCGCUCAUCUGCGGUUUCCUCUUCGUUAUCAUCAGUGGCUGUGUUCAGCACUUCCCAAAAGAGUUCGACCUGAUCGACGAGAACACAUACGCGUACCUGUUGGUGUGGGUAAUCGCGGAAUUCCUGCUGGGCACAAACUGGAUGCGGAGGUUGCUGUGGAGCGGGACCCGCUGGGUGGCAUUCGCGAUGUUCCUGAGCCAGACGCAGGCUUGGGCCACGGCGUCGGAGAACAGGCGGUACUGGUUUAUACAGUAUCUCUUCUUUUUGGUGCUUGGGCAGGUAUAUAUCCGGAUUUGGCUAGCGAAUCAGCGGAUGGAGCAGGAAGUCGACUUCUUGAACAAGAGGCUUCUGCCGCUGGAGCGGUGGCAUGAGCGGAGGGAGAGUCGGGAGAGUCGGGAGAGCAGCGCGUCGCGGUUCUCGAGCACGGCGUUCUUGGAGGGGUUUGGGUUUGGGAUGCAGAAGGCGGACAGGGCGGAUCUUAAGCUCGGACUGAAUAAUGCUCGUUAA